AUGCCAAACGCGGGAGUAACCAGUACGACGCCUCAAGGACCCAACGGAGUGCCCGAGUCCCAGAGGAGCCGACCCAAAGCGAAGAGCAACGAUUGGCGCGGCUACAUUGAUAAGUACGAAGACGAUCGGCUGGGCGAGGAGCUGGGGAACGAUGCGCGCGUCUGGAGGGUUCUCAUCGACGAAGGCCGCGACUUUGAUGCGGCGAUGCUUCAGCGCUUUCGCGACCACCUGGAUGUGGACCUCGUUUUUGCUGGCCUCUUCUCGGCUGUCGUAACAACCUUCGUAGCCCAAACGUCCGCGCCAAAUCCCCCGGACGACGGCAGCACCAGCAUUGCGCUCCUCAGGGAACUUGUUGCAAUCCAGCGUGCCCAGGCGAACAAUAUGCCCUUGAACACCGUGCUCGCAGCCGCUUCCUCCGCGCCGCCCGGCUUCAGUCCCUCGAUCAAUCGCUGCUGGUUCCUCAGCCUGGCCUUCAGUCUGUUCUCGGCCUUUGGCGCCGUCGUCGUCAGGCAGUGGAUACAGGAGUACGAGAGCGAGAUAUCUGGAUCUCCCAAGCGUCGAGCCCUCAUUCGACACUUUCGCCAUAUCGGUCUGGAGAAAUGGCAGGUCAACCUCAUCAUCCCGAUCCUACCGAUGCUCCUCCACGUCUCCCUCCUUCUCUUCUUCAUCGGGCUAGUCCUCUACGUUCGCCAGUCCGACCCCGUCAUGUCCAAAGGGAUCUUCUUCCUCACUGCCGCUUUCUACGCAGUCUACUUUACGACGAGCUUCCUGCCAGUACUGUUUCCCCAGUGCCCCUAUCGCUCUCCGCUGUCGACCGGCGGGAUCUGGCUCAAGUCGCUAGGGGCAUGGCUCGUACACGCGGUGCGCCGUAAUCCGCAGCAGAGCGGCCCGUACGUUCUAAAGUCCCCGGCUGAUCGCGAGUGGGAGGCGGUAGCAAAGUGCCCGAAGGGUCUGAUCCCGCACAGUCUGGAGAGGGCCAUGCGGGAAUCCCCCUCGCUCUCCGUCGCUCUGACGGUCAUCCAAGCUGCGUCCAGCUUCACCGUCGGCCUCGACCACGACCACAGCCAGUAUCCCGACAAGGAGCACCGCAAGUGUGCUCUUCUCCGCGAAAGCAUCUUGGCGUGGCUCUACGGCGCCUUGACCUCGCGAAGGGCCGUAUUCGAGUGGGCGCCGGGUCGGGAGAACGAGCUCCAGCGCCUGGCGUGCUGCCUCUUGCUCGUUCCGGUAAACAAACUCCACAAGGAGCUCGACAGGCAGCAGUACUGCAUGUGCGGCAUACGCAUCUGGACCGCGCUGGAGCAGGCGGUCAUGUCGCGAGAGGUUAUGGACACUGCUGCACCGGCCGUGUGCGCGACAAUUCUCGCUCUUGGGCAGAGGCUCAAGACCCUCGACUACCGAUAUAACGUCCCCAUCAAUUGCGCUCUGCAGAAGAGGAUGGUUGAGGUCUACGCGGUGAUGGCCAAACGGGCCCCGCACACGCGUCUGCGUUUGCGACCCGUCGUGUGGGACGGUAUGCUCGAGUCCUUGACGAGCUGCCACGCACCCACGGAGAUUUGCGUUCCCUUCGCGCUCGCGCUGUGGCGUAGUCUCAAUUGCAGCACGUCUUUUCCGACCAAAGACGAAUCGCUCGGGAAUACGUCGUCGUCCACUAUCAUGACUUUGCAAGCUUGGCUGUAUGCGACGAAGCAGACCAGCCUCGUAACGCAGGUCGUUAUGCAUCGCUUCUUAUGCCGCCCGUCAUGCAGGAUGCUUCCGCUCCCCGACGAUCACCUCUCAAGCGCGUCCGAUGCCUCGACGAUCAGCAGCACCUCCACCGCUCGGAAUGACAGUGCUUGGUUGCACAUGGCGUGCCGUGCUAUCCAUCUGUACGUUCAGACUGACCAGGCAAGCAGAGGCGCGGCCUUCAACGAUCACCUCGGGUUCUUGGCCGAGCAGUUGAUCUCGACGCUCGCCACCAACCUGGGAUACGGUCCCCUCUACACCGCUCUGCAGAUUGCCGGACGUCUACGCGUUUCUUCCCUCUUCGAGUCGAACUUCCGCCUUCGUCCCAGUUCAGGUCUCGAGGAGAUGAUCAAGCCCGACGCGGAUGAAGGCCUGCACCAUGACCUCGUCGGCCCGUUUUUCUGGUUCCUUGUCGGUCUCAUGCGGGCGGUGGUCGACGCGCCCGCUAGCCAUGACCGCAACGCAGCACCUCAGGGCGACAGGGCGACGAAGGAGGUCGCGCACGCGACGGAGCGCCACGUCGAGAGGCACCGCGAAUAUCUGAUCAAGAUCCUUGUCGAAGACGUGGAUUCCCUCGAACUUCUCCGUCCUCUGGCGAUGACGAUCAUCACUCAUCCUGAGCUUGCGGCUCUCUCGACUUUCACGGACGCGCUUGCCGAGAAGAUGGCUUUACUUCUACGCCAACUGGCUUCCGGCGACAGUACGCAGUCGCCCACCGAUGGUGGUCAGCCGCAAGGUGUUGACGCAGGGCCCAGCGACCAGCCACCGCAGGACCUCGUUUGGUGCAUGUGGGUGGAUGCCUUCUGCAGGGGUGCCGGACAAGCGAGCGCGGCAUCCUCCGAUGCGCUGCAUGGUGCAUUGCUCUCCAUGAGCCGCAUACACCAAGACUCAUGGGCACGAGAGGUCGAGUCCGUCAAUUCGCAGCCACUCUCCGUACCCAAGGGUAUGACGCUGCGAAGCCCGCGGAGUCGCGAAGUACUCGCAGAGCUGGUGCCAAACGCUCAAGUGGUACUUUUGAAUGCAAUGGUCUCCGUUCCACCCAUGCUGCGUCGUACCUUCGUCGUCGACCCAGGUCUACGCGACAAUGACUCGGACUCUUCCGUCUCCAUGUCGGAGAUCGUCACGUUCGACGAGUGCCACAGGCGAAUGAGAGCAGGCACGCCUGCAGACGACGCUCACAGUCAUGCUCCAGACGCUGGGAAGGCGGAAGAUGAUGGUGAAGUCGGCCAGUGGACGACUUUAAGGAGCUAUUCGACUCUGAACGACACAUGGGCUGACUCUGCCUUGCGCUGGUUCCGCCGUCAGCUAGGUCAUACGUUGCCGGGAAAGACGGGGGCUCAAGCUAUUGAUGUUCUCGCUCGCCUCAAUGCUGCUCUGAACCGGCUCAGGAUGAUGCCGGACCUUAAGGGAGGCGCCCAUGGGACAGGAGCAUUCAACGGUCCUUACGAUUACGAGGAGAAAUAUGAAGAAGAUCGAUACGGCGAAGAAUUCGGACCCAAUGCUCGUGUCUGGCGCGCUCUUCUCGAUGAGGCGCGCGCCUACGAUUCGACAACGGUAAAAGGCUGGCGGGAUACUUUGGACGUGUAUCUUGUAUUCACCGGGUUGUUCUCUGCGGUUGUCACCACAUUCGUCGUUCAGACGUCCCAGUCGCUGCAGCCGGACUACGGAGAGAUCAAUACAGCUCUUCUGAUGGAGUUGAUCGCCGUUCAACGAGCGUCGGCGAACGGUCGGUCCGUCAAUAACAUUCCCUCGGCGAGCCUUACGGCCAGCUCCAUAACAGCAUCUCUCGUCGACUACUGGGGAAACCGAUUCUGGUACCUCAGUCUAGCACUCAGUCUGUUCGCUGCUUUCAUGGCCGUCCUUCUCAGACAAUGGCUUCAGGAAUACACAAGCGCCGUAUCCGGCAGUGCGAGGCAUCGAGCGCGCGUCUGGCAGUACAGGUAUCUCGGUCUGCAGAACUGGAGGGUACCUCUACUGGUGGCGCUCCUACCUAUGCUGUUACACGCCGCCUUGCUCGUCUUCUUCAUCGGCCUCAUUCUGUACGUCACUAAAUCCGACCCUUCGAUGGCGUGGGUGCUCGCCGCACUCACGGCUUUCUUCUACUCCCUCUAUAUUCUGUCCAACGCCCUGCCCAUGCUCUACCCACAAUGCCCAUAUCAAACGCCUGUGUCCCACUACGGCUAUCUGUUGUUCCAUUCGGCAUUCGCAUGGCUGCGGCGGCCAUUUCGCCAACAGACUGCGUCACCCCAGGUGGCCCUACCGCCCUUCUUGCGCGCGAGGACGCCCGGGGCGCGAGAAGUGGUCCAUAUAUCGACUCGCAAGAACGAACUCGCCCUCCAAAGCCUUACUUGGGCCUUCUCGACGUCAUCAGAUCCGUCUUUAGCCACAAUUGUGGUGCAGGCUGCCUCUGGUCUGCAGCCGGAUUGGUGGACCAGCCCUCUGCGAGUCAGCCUUCUGACGUGGUUUCGCAGUACUUUGACUACUCGGACGACGGACCUUGAUUGGGAAAUCGGCCGCGAGCGCAAGUUGGAGCGCUACGCGUGCGCUCUCCUGCUAUCCACCGCCGAUGAGGAUCGCGACAACGGCCACAGCGAUGCCGGCGGCUAUCGUGACGACGGCGACGACGACGGCGAUGGCGAUGGCGACGAUGAAGGUAGCGAGGACGAAGUGCUUCGCAUGUGCAUUUCGCGCGUCUUGCGAGCUCUGGGUACAGCGAUCCGCUCGAAGGACGCCGACGAGCAGAGCAAGCCGAUCUUGGAGGCGACGGCGCUAGCCCUUUCCGACAGGCUCUAUCCUAAUAGCGAGGUCCUCACCGAACAAUUCCCAGCUCUAUUCCUAGGCCCUUCAUCCGCCCUGGAUAGGACUCGAAGUGCGUCCGAUGCUGACUUUUCGUGGGGAGGAUCGUCGCUCGCGGGCCCAACCCCGCCCCAGUGCUUGCGCCUGCGGCCAAUCGUAUGGAAACACAUGCUCAAGAGCUUGGUGUAUUCGAGGUUCAUGCCGUCUCAAGACUGCCUCUACCUCGCGCUUUUCCUGUGGCGCAGCGUAGGCCUUGCCUCGAACUUUAGGAGAGACGACAAGCGCGAUGUCAAGGGCAUUGUAACGCUACAAUGGCUUUGCACGACAGAAAGCCAGGACAGGGAGUUGUUCCGAGGGCUGGCGCAGCAGGCGAUUCAUCAUCUCCUACCUUGCGCGUUAGAAUCUUGUGACGUGCUAGAGAGCGAAACCCACGCGAACGGCACUAGCUCGACAAGCAGCCGCGCGCGACCGCAUCAUUCACGCAUCCAGGAAGAUCACGGCGCUUGGCUGCAUAUAUUGCGCCGCGCUAUGAAGGAAUGCGCUGCUCGCCAAAACGAGUUCCCCGUCGAGGUCGGCCAGAUCACUUUCGCAGACAUCAUCAGGGACCUGGCUCGCGACUUCAUCCACAUUCUCUACUUCCACCCUCUGCUCGCGCUCGACUUCCCCGACGUCAGCGCGCUCAUCUUCGACAGCCGUCACGUAUCCGUAGAAGUCAAGAAGAAGUUCCUCCGUCACCAGCGACUGCUCUUCAGGUUCCAACACCGCCUGGCGAUACACGAAAGUCACAACUGGGCAGUCACGGGCGGCGCCGCGCGGUUCAAUAUCCUCGUCAAGCUCUUGUCGGCGACCACCGUCGUUUUCGACUCCGUACCCAUGAGGUAUCACGCCCAGCAGCAGAUCUUCACGGCGCUUCAUCCCAUGCUUGACGGCCCAACCGAUGCCUUGUUCGACGCGGUCUUCGCGGACGAGCUGAGUUUCCUCGAGCGUCUGCGGCCUUUGGCCGAGACCAGCUUGAACGAGCCAGAGUCCGCACACUACGCGAGGUCUCUUUCGUCGGUGCUCGCUGCGUACAUUCAGCACGCGACGCAUGACAGUCAGACCUCGGCCAACGACAUGCGGAGCUGUCGAGAUGUUAUCUGGUGCAUCUGGAUAGACAUUAUCGCCACUGCCAAGCUACUACGUGCGUUUAGCCCGCUGCACGACGCGCUGCUAGCAUGGCUCGGACGCGACGUGUACCAGCGGGAUGUAUUGCUUCGAGAAGUUGUUAAAGUCACGAAGGGGACCCUUCCGCUUACUCUUGGAAUGGCCUUGAACGACGCACGCGGUACAGAAGCGCUCACCGAUAUUUUGUCUGCUCUCAGCGUCCAGAAUCGAAGAAGAUCGUCGAUCGAGCCAGGGAAGAUUGUGGCUGGGCUUCACGUUCAAGUUCCGCGGGACGCGAAUGGGGCAGUGAACGAGGCAUGGAUGCGCGCUGCGAUAUCCGAUCCUGAAGAGCCCAUAAGUGGCCAGACGCUGCCGGUAUCAAGGCUUUUGUCUUUGGAAAAGUUUCACGAGCGAGCAGGCGACGCGCCUCCAAGCAUCAUCCACUUCGACGUUCAUGGCAUCUGGAGCUGGUCCGGGCAUGGCGCGCAAGGAAGCACUCUGCUCAGCGCUGAGGAAAGGGAUCAAGACGAGAUCGUGAACACACGCCAGGGCCGCGCGUUCGGUGAUGUACGGCCGUAUGGUCUUAGCGACAUGAUGGCUGCUGAAGACUACGCACAGGAUGAUGGCGAGGGCACGCGUCGAGCUGCAUAUCUGUGGAAGGUGCUUCGAGCUGUGACAAACGUUCACGCCAGCUAUCGCCAGCCAAGGCGAACUCAGGUCAAUGGCGGUGGCGGGACGGAACGGGCUAUCGCGAACUCCGUCUGA